GCGACGGUUCUUCCAAUAUGGGGGUUCUCUCUAUUUCAAAGUUACUUUUUCUUUUUUAUUACUUUAUUUCUGUUGAAACAAAAUGCCCCAUAAAUUGUGAGUGCGUUCGUAACAUAGUCCGAUGCGCCAAUCAGGGUUUGAUGUCAGUUCCGGCGGUGCCAGAAGAAAUCUUUACUCUGGACUUACAAGCCAACCGCAUCUAUGACAUUGCUCCAGGGAUCUUCAGUCAUCUCUACAAACUCAGAUCACUUCUGUUAAACGACAACAAGCUCACGGAGUUACGUAAUGGAAUGUUCUAUGGGGUCCGACGUGUGAAGUACCUGUACUUAUACCGGAACAAAAUCACAAGUAUUGAAUCGGGAGUAUUCCAGGGAAUGCAAUAUUUGGAGCAUUUGUAUUUGCACGUCAAUGAAAUACACACUUUUGACCCUCUGACAUUUUCAAACUUACCUCAACUGGAACGCCUGUUUCUUCAACACAACAACCUGAAGACAAUUCCACUGGGUUCAUUCAGAGGUUUACCAAAACUCCAAAAGCUUAGAUUGGAUAGCAAUCCUCUAAAAUGCGACUGCUCAAUGGUUUGGUUUGUUAAAAUGAUUAAUGAACACAGCGUUAUGACGGUAGCAGCAACUUGUUAUGAGCCUUCGGGAGCUGCAGGGAUGUCUUUGGCCGCUAUGAAAGAAUCGGAUUUUCAAUGCAAAAAACCUGAAUUCCAAAAAGAACCGGAAGACAUACUUGUGGAUUUUGGGCAGAAUGCUUUGUUCGUAUGUUCGGCAACUGGAGAACCUGCCCCUGAAAUUAUUUGGUAUCGUGAUGCUACUGUUGUUUCUCUUGAAAGAUCAAGAUAUGAAAUAAUGGAAAACGGAUCGCUUAUGGUCCAUGAAGCUGAGGAAAAUGAUGUUGGAAUUUUUGAAUGUAAAGCAAAAAAUUCAGUUGGAGAAGUACGAUCGAAACCAGCAAAAAUGAUGGUUCAUAGCCAAGAAAAAAAAGAUGGUUUUCCAAUCUUCACAAUUUUACCUCGAAAGCAAGAAGUUAGCAUCAACCAACCUUUAGUAAGGUUUGACUGCACUGCACGCGGAAAUCCAGAGCCCCACAUUUCUUGGUUAUUCAAUGGAGAAAAAAUGCUUCUCUCUGAUCGAGUCACCAUGCGUCACAAUGGUUCCAUUUUUAUAGAAAACGUUGAAUUAAACGAUAGUGGGAACUAUACAUGCGAAGCCGAGAACAUACUUGGUAAAAUUUCAUCUUCAGGCAGCCUCGAAGUAAUGGUUCCUCCUGCGUUUAUAAUGGUACCAAAGGAUCAAACAGCUGCUCUUGGAGAUACAGUAUAUUUUACUUGUACGGCUAGAGGAGUGCCAAAACCACAAAUUACUUGGUAUAGAAACACCAUGAUUCUGCCUCCAGACGAAAGCUUCAUUUUAAGCGAUAACAAUCAAAAUUUAACAAUAACAGAAAUCAGUGGGGAUGAUGACGGAAUUUAUCACUGCAGAGCAGAGAAUUCAGAAGGUCUUACGGAAAUAUCUGCUUUUCUAAAAGUGGAACAAAAUAAAAUCAUUGUUCCUAAAAUUGUGUUACGCCCAGAAGAUUUAGAUGCUUUCGAGGAAACGUCUGUACAGCUACCAUGCAAAUAUGAGAGUGAGCCACCUGGUAAUGUGGAAUGGAGAAAAAAUGGGAACAGACUUACUACGAAUGAUCGCUUAUCUAUAACAAUAAUUGGUAGCUUAGUUAUCAAAAAUAUUACGUUAGCUGAUAGUGGCAGUUAUGAAUGCUCGGUUCACAAUGAAUAUGGGCGUGAUACUGCGGCUGCAUUUUUGACAGUAAAAAAUCGUGUAGUACCUGGUGAAGAAUAUAUCAAUAUAGCCUUAACUCAAGCCACCCGAGAUGUUGAUCAAGCUAUAGCUCGAACUGUUGAAGAACUAUUUAAUAAUAAGCGUAGAGGUACUAGUUUCCAUGAGUUAUAUCGAAUUUCUAGAUUUCCUGACGCAUCUGCUCGGGACAUUGCAAAAGCGGCGGAUAUCUAUGACAGAGCAUUAUACAUUAUACGAGAGUAUAUGGUGAAUGACUUAAAUGUUACAGUUGAUGGACAAUUUAAUUAUGAAAAUUUUCUUUCCAAAAAACUUUUGGACGUGAUUGCAACUUUAUCUGGAUGCGUAGUACAUAGAGAAGCUAAAGAUUGCUCAGAUAUGUGCUAUCAUACUAAAUAUCGAAGCAUUGACGGUAGCUGCAAUAACCUUGAAUCUCCAACAUGGGGUUCUUCCUUGACCGCUUUUAGACGUAUACUGUUUGCACAAUACGAAAACGGUUUUAGUCAGCCAAUAGGUUGGAACGUAAAUCAUAAAUAUAAUGGAUAUACAUUGCCAAGUUCGCGUUUAGUGUCAACAACGGUGAUAACAACGAAGAAUAUAACUCAGAGUGAGUAUUACACCCACAUGUUAAUGCAAUGGGGUCAGUGGUUAGAUCACGACUUAGAUCAUGCGCUCCCGUCAGUAAGCUCACAAACAUGGGAUGGGGUUGACUGUAAAAAGACUUGUGACUAUGCACCACCUUGUUUUCCCAUUGAAGUACCACAAGGUGAUCUCCGAAUAACAAAUCGUCGUUGUAUUGAUUUUAUUAGGACAAGUGCUGUUUGUGGCUCAGGAAUGACUUCAGUUUUAUUUGAAAAUCUUCAAGCAAGAGAACAAAUCAAUCAAUUAACUUCAUUUAUUGAUGCGUCCCAGGUUUAUGGUUAUGAAAAAAACAUCGCUGAAGAUUUACGUGAUUUGACAAACGACAAUGGUACUCUGCGAGUAGGGGCCAAAUUUCCGGGUCGCAAGCCACUUUUACCUACAACUGGCUUGAAUGCAAUGGACUGUAGGCUAAAUCUUGAAGAAAGUACUCGAAGUUGCUUUGUUGCCGGAGAUAUUAGAGCCAAUGAGCAAAUCGGACUUGCUGUGAUGCAUACUAUAUUUAUGCGGGAGCACAAUCGAAUUGCUACCGAGUUAAAGACAUUAAAUCCUUUCUGGGAUGGGGACCGACUAUACCAAGAGGCUAGAAAGAUAGUGGGGGCAGAAAUGCAAAUCAUAACGUAUAGACAUUGGUUACCGAUAAUUCUGGGCCGCGAAGGAUAUUCUUUAUUAGGGGAAUAUACUGGGUAUGACCCAUAUUUGAAUCCUUCUAUAUCAAACGUAUUUGCUACAGCAGCGCUUAGAUUUGGUCAUUCCAUUAUUAAUCCGAUUCUCAACCGCUAUGACGAAAACUUUGAAACGAUCCCUCAAGGUCAUUUAUUGUUACGUGAUGCUUUCUUUUCUCCUUGGAGAUUAGUUGAUGAAGGAGGAGUGGAUCCAUUACUGAGAGGUAUGUUUGUAACUCCAGCGAAACUCAAGACACCCACGCAAAAUUUAAACUCUGAACUCACUGAAAAACUGUUUUACUCUGCUCACGCUGUAGCUCUUGAUUUAGCAGCCAUGAACAUACAAAGAGGGCGUGAUCAUGGUAUUCCUGCUUACACUAAAUGGCGUGAUUUUUGUAAUAUGACAGAGGUCAACAGUUUCGAUGACUUAGCCAAUGAAAUAUCGGAUCCAUCUGUUAGAGCUAAGCUGAAAGACCUAUAUGGUUCCGUGUUUAAUAUCGACGUAUGGGUUGGUGGUAUAUUAGAAGAUCAAGUAGAGGGUGGUAUGGUUGGACCUUUGUUCCGGUGUCUCCUUAUUGAACAAUUUCAACGUUUACGAAGUGGUGAUCGCUUCUGGUAUGAAAAUCCUUCAACCUUCAAAUCAGAUCAGCUGAGGGAACUCAAACUUAAGACAAACUUAGCUCGCAUUAUUUGUGACAAUGCUGACAAUAUUGAUACAAUAAACCAGAAUGUGUUUGUACUUCCUGAAAUUCAAGAAGGGCUUAUGUCCUGUGAUGAUCUGCCAAAGAUUGACCUUCGCUACUGGGUGGACUGCAAAACUUGUCAUGACAAUUUUGAUUUAGAAAAUAAUCGCGUUCGGAGAGAUAUUGGAAAAGCUAACCUUGCUGAUCAGUUGAAAGAAAAUGAGUUUAUGCUUGAAGAUCUGCAAGACUCUGUAAACAUUCUAAAGAGUACGGUUAAAGACUUAAGAAAGAAGGUUGAAGAGCUAGAGAUGAAGAAUAAUAAAAAAUAAUUUUUUUAAUAAUCACUUUUCAGGAAUAAAGCUAUAAUUUUUUAAAUAUACAUCAAUAUAAUCUUAAUAUUGAUGUAUAAUAUUUGACAUAUUAUAAUAAAUAUAUAAUAAUUUACAUUAAGUAAAUAGCGAUAGGUGGUAGGCGACUACGGGUUUUUUAAAAGUGGGAGAGUCACGCUGCCGUCUUAUGACGUCAGCACAAUCGGGGCAGACACAUCCGGGUUACUUACCACACUCGCACAGAACACCGGCGUUAAGUAGCGGCCUAGGGCCGCUAUGUUUCGCAUAGGUUAGUGUCCAGGACCAGAGGCCAUCCCCCCCCCCCCCUACCAACAAGAUUAUGAAAGUGGUCCUACAAGAGAUAUUAUUACCCAGGAGGGUAGCCGGAGAAUCCCUCCCCGAGCAUUCUCGCUCGGGCUGCCCCUCGUAUUUUGGGAGCCUAUAUAUGCCUUUUAAUUUAUGCAUUACUUUAUUUUGUACUUAGUAGUUUAAGUAGGUAACUUCAAAUCAAUUAAUUUAUAAUAAUUAUUUACAUAAUUCAGUGGUUAAGUGGGUCUAAAAAUGGUUCAAAUUUGGUUUCUUCCCAAAAUAGUGCACCUAGAACGCCAAGAGAUUCUGUAUAAUAUUAUAAAUUUUGGGUACAUUUAAAAUGUCGAGCUUGCAGCUAAAUAUAACAUAAAUAGAAAAUUAAAAUAAAUAGAGUUAUUCCUGAAAAGUAACUAUUGAAUGUAUAGCCUAACAGUUCUUAAUAUAAGUAAAUGUGAAUAAAAAAAUAAAAUAAAAAAAAACUAAAAAAAAUUAUAAAAGCUCAAAAAUAGAUGUGAUAUCGGUGUCGUAAAAUGUCCGUCUAUUAUGUAUCUAUAUACCAAUGUCUUUAGCUUAAGAUAGCAUAACAAUAAUUAUUAGGAUACACGUAUUUCUCGCAUUAUAAAAAUUAAAAAAAAAGAUAUGUGAUAUCUGUGUUCAGGUAUUAUAAUUGUUCUUAUAUAUUAAGGUGUUACUACUAAAGUAUUUCUCCUUAAUUAUUUAUCUUAUAUUUAAAAUUCUCGUGUCCCGCGUUUCUUACUAAACUCCUCCGACACGGCUACGCCGAAUUGUAUAAAAUUUUAUGUGCAUAUCGGGUAGGUCUGAGAUUUUUCAUGCCCCAAAAUGAUAAGGGUGACCCACCCCUAAAUAUUUUUUUUAUGUUUUUGACAAAAAAAUAUUUUUAUUUUAUUUCGAUUUAGGUAGCAUUAAAAGAUACAUACAACUUCAAAUUUUCACCCAUCUACGUUCAAACCUAUUUUUGUAUCGCGAUUUUUAUAUUAUUCUGUUCUGAUGGAAACAGAUCCGCAAUAGGGUUGCAAGAUGUCAUACGAA